UACCACAUCACACCACAAGGCGGAGACUCCAACCCAGCCCUCCUUUGGAGUGACCCCCUCCCACCUCAGAUGCGUCGAGAAAAUGUCAACAACAUGCCGGAGACUUCCAGAGAAACGGAAACCGUGGAGAGAGGGAGGGACAGACAACAGAGAGCCCGAGAGCAGCAGACGUCUCGUAACGUAGUGUCAGUGGUAUCUCAGUUCGCGGACGACAACUUGACUCUUGUGCGGAACAUUAGCACUGCUCUGGCUGUUGCAGGUGUGAUUGUCAUCGCAAGGAGCAUCAGAGUGAUCACGAAGUUUCAAGCCGCUUCAGAGAUCCCAGUCCGUUUCAUUGAGGGGAACGUCAGCCUUCGAGGAAAAGUUUGUUCCAUCACAGAGAGAGGAAUAGAAGUGGAGCAUGUCCCAAUUUAUCUGCCAAUCAUCUCUCCGUUACUGUCAAAGCACCAGGAUGGGUCGACAUCUCCACUGCUGGUGCAUCUGGCCGGAGUGGAGCUGACGCCGGAGGGAAAGAUGUGGCUGCAGAAGAACCUGAUUCCUCCUCAAACAGUUUGGCUGAAACUCGUCAGCCGAGAGGACAACAUGCUGCACUGUCUGGUGUCCCAGAGACGGCAGGGGUCGAUGUGGAGCUACUCCAUGAACGAGGAGCUCCUCAGGCUCGGACUGGCCCGCAGAGCUCCCAUCGCGGGGCUCCCGCCGGGCUCUCCCCUCCACUGGCGCCUGCACAAAUGGCUGCACAGGGCAGAGGUGAAAGCGGAGAAGAAGGGUCUGGGUCUGUGGAAGGAGGAGGGCUUGUGGGAGAGGGCUUCCAAAGCCCUCAAAGACAAUCCAUUGCUCAGACUGAUGGGGAGGAUCUUUAGAAGGACUCGCGCUGAGUGACUCAUUAAUCCAAGUUAAACACUUCGUUGUCGGGAGUUUCGAAAACCACCGCUGCUCAGGGACGCAAAUGAAUUUUAUUAAUAGAGCUUUUCCACAGCUUAAGAAAGCUUAUAGACAUGGCAAAAGCCCGGAAAACGUGAAUAUAAACCUGAAAACAGAGGGUCAAACUUUCUUCUUUUCUCCUUUGUGCGGCAAGAAGUCGAUACACUGCAUUCCUCUUGCACAUGUUUAAGACGUUGGUGUCAAUUAAUCAGUUGAACAGUGUUUGAAAUAUAAAUUGAAAAUACUGUCAAAAUCAACAUUCUUAUCUGUAAGAUUUCAAAGCCUGUGUGUUACUGGUUAAUGUGUGUGUGUGUGUGUGUGUGUGUGUUUGACUGGGACUUCCCACUUGGGGUGGGAUCAGUUAAUGGUGUUCAAAAUAGAGAGAGAUGGCGGGGGUCCACUUGUCCACUGUUGCUAUAGAAGCACUAAACGUGAAACACAAAGCGCCCUAAAGGUUAAACUCCAUCGGUUCCUCUCAGAUCCCUGAGGGAUCCCAACAUGCACCCAAAGUUGUUCCUUUAGUGAGUAGUUUUACUGUGUCUUUUGUGAUGUUUGAGCUUGAAAGUAGAAAUAAAUGGGCUAUAACCUCCAAUUCUAAAUCUAUAUAAGUAGAAAUGAAUGUAAAAGCCCCAUUGGAUAACAAACUGCAGUUUUAGCUUCUUAUUUUAUUCCAAUAAGGCACCUGCGCUCUGACUUGCACGUAUACCAUCUGUUCGCACUUGUGAUUGCGCUUGCUCGUGUUACAGUUUAACAUACAAGCUCUCUGCCAGAGUCAUACUUCAUUUAUUUCUUAGCAAAGGAGGGAGGUCUGUAAAUGAGGCCAAACCGCAGCGUGCCCCGUUGGGUGCGGGGGUCUCGGUGCAGUGAGAGUUAGCGCCGGAGCGCUCCAUCCAGAGGGACACGAGGAGAUUAGUGCAGAAGGGAGGAGGGUCAGAGCCAUGGAAGGGGAUUUUGGGUCCACACACAAAAGCAGGAGAGGAGGA